AUGAACUGUUUGGUGAAAUUGGAGUAUCGUAAGAAGUCGAUGUUGAUGCACGUCGACAGCAAAGCUGCAAUCAAGCAAUUACAAGGUGGAUUACAGCGCAGGACGAGCGAAGCAAAUUUCUCGGGAGCGGCGGCCGCUGCCGUUGUAGUUUACAAGUAUGCGACACGACUAACGCGCGGAAUACAGGAGCCUGAGGCAUAUGCGGCUGUAGAGACUCAAGAAGGCGAGGACGAAGACUACGAGGAGCUGUCCGCAAAUGAGACGGAUGAGGCAGAUGCAGAGCAGCAGUUGUUUGUAGUAAACCAAGGAAUAAAUUUGUUGCUGGCCACGCUUGCACUCAUGAUGAUGCCACUUAUGUGGAUUGCCGUUGGUAUUUUAACAGCUGCUAGCACAGAGCUUUUCAUUCGCUCGAGAACUAUCUCGGACAUUUCAGUUUUUGAGGAUAAGGCAAUAUUUUUGCACGAUGCAAGCGACAUGAAGCUUAUUCCGCAGCAGCAUCCAGGCAAUAUUGCGUCGGAGGGUCCUGAUAGUGCAGAAGAUAAAGCGCCGUAUUUCGGUCAUUAUGCACACAAUGACGAAGAAGAGAAGGACAGUUUUCUUGAAGACGUUGGAACAAUAAUCAAGCGCGCAGAUGAUCUUUUUGAUCAGAAGCAGUACGCCCAGACGCGAGACUAUAUAAAAGCAGAAGUGUCAAAAUACCCUUCACGCGCUGAAAUGUGGUGGCGCUUGGCUCGUGUAUGCAACUAUCUCUUUGAUGAAAACAGCGAUGUUGAGAAGAAAAGGGCAUUAGCAUUUGAAGGCCUAGCCUGUGCUAAGAAAGCGUAUGCGCUCGACAGCAAUUCGGCAGCGUCUAAUAAAUGGAUGGCCAUUAUGACCAGCACUGUGGGAGCUUUUCUUAACCUUAAGGAAAAGAUUGCAGGAGCCCACGGCAUUCGGGAGCAUAUCCAACGAGCAAUUGAGCUGGAUCCAACUGAUGCAACGUCUCACAAUAUCCUCGGACAAUGGUGCUUGGCUUUUGCUGAUAUGACUUGGCUCGAAAAGCGUGCCGCUGCUGCACUUUUUGGCACACCUCCUACUUCAACGUAUGAGGAAGCCGUGCAACAUUUUCAGGCGGCAGAAAAUGUCAGCCCGGGGUUCUGGAAGAAAAACAUGUUUCUUUUAGCGCAGACCUAUAUGAAGAUGAAGCGUAUGAAGGAUGCUGAGAUGUGGGCAUUAAAAGCUCAGGCAGUGCCAAUGGAGACGAAGGCGGAUGAGGAGGUUUUAUUGAGUAUGUUGUCUGACUUUAUUACAAAAAAAUUGAAAACGAAAGCACAAGUAGAAAACAUGAGCAUUCAUUUAAAUGGAAGUAUAAAGCAACGAGCAGUGCCGCAGCCGUCAGCUGUAAAAAGAUCAGCAGAAGCUAUGGCUAAGUCAUCAUCGACAAGCCUGUCCCUUGGGUCCAUCAUUGCUGGAGACGCGUCCUUGUUGAUGGCGUCAUCCGGUAUCGGUAUUAUGGCGUUUUCGGGAGUGGUUUCUGUGGUGAUGGUAGCGCUUAACGACGAUUUGCCAUCAGUGACUGAGCUGCGACUAUUUUCGCCUUUAAUUGUCACGGGCUCUGUCCUAUUCGCAGUUGGUGCGCUAAAUAGCAUGCUAAGAUAUUCAAACCGAAAGGCAAAUGCUGCGCCCGGCGAGAUUGUACUUCCUCCAGGUCACCCUCCUAUUGCAAACGAGAAGGUUGCAGAGAUGGUAGAAUUGGAUGAAGACGGAAAACGUAGGAAGCGCGUUAGUAAGUGCCCUUUGGGUUUCUAA